UAUUGUACCCCCUAAUCCUAGAAGUAAAGUUGGACUAGAAUCAAUUAAAAUACUUCGAUUUCCUUAAUAUUUAUUUUAUGUAGUGACAAACAGUUAUAAUAGAAACCUAAAAAUGGACGAUUAUCUUGGUUCCGUGGCUCUCCCGAGCAUGAAGCAACGUCAGAAAAAGUUGUGCCAAGCCAAGAUGAAGCCACGUGCAGACCCGGUUUAUAAAGAUAGCGCCAACUUUGGGGUUCGCAUGUUGGAGAAACUGGGUUGGUCCGAAGGAAAGGGACUCGGCAAGCGGGAGGACGGAAUGGCUGCACCGAUUCUGCCUAAAAUAAAGCAGGACAGUGAAGGGUUCGGCUAUGCGGGAGAGAAAGACGAUCACUGGACGCAGCAUGAUCAGGAUUUUAAUGAAUUGCUAAAGUCACUGAAUGGAGAGGAACUUCCGGUGGGGGAUGUUGCAGAUACGGUCAAAAUAAAAUCAUUGGAGGAAAAGUCUAAAAGUUCACGAGUCAGAGUUCACUAUAAGAAGUUUACCAGGGGAAAAGAUUUGAGCCGUGCUAGUGAGAAGGAUUUGGCUAAUAUUUUUGGCAAAAAGUCUUUUCAGGAAGUGAAUGAGGUUUUGCCAGACAAUGAAGACGAUUCAGCAAAAUCAAGUUUGGUGGAACCGGAGGAAACUAACAUUCUAGGAUUGACUACAAUUAAUGCUAGUGUAUCCGUACAGGAUUAUUUUAAGAACAAGAUGCAGUCUAAGAAUCGUAAAUCGUGCAGUACUGUGGAAGAAACACCGAAUUUACCUAAGGAUUGUGAGGAUGUUGCCUGCGAAUCUGCGAAACAGAAGAAAAAGAAAAGAAAACGGAGUGUUGAAAACGCGAAUGCAGAACAGGCUAACACGAGUGUUGACCAAACCAAGGAAAAACAGUCAACUGAGAUGGAGCUGGAAGAUACUAAGAUUGAGGAGAAGUUGAAUGAAUCGGCUACGGAGCUCGCUCCAAAAAAGAAGAAAAAGAAACGGCGUUUAAGCAUUGAUAACCCGAAUCUUGUCGAACAUAAUCGUAUAAAUGAUAGCGAAAGUCAAGCGAACGAAGUGCUUUCGAAUGGGAUUGGUCAAAACGAGGUUCAAAAGGAUUCACUCAAGGAGAAAGUUGAAGAGGAUGCAGAUGCGUUGCUUGUUAACAAUUGUACAAAGAAGAAGAAAAAGAAACGGCGAUCAAGCGUUGAUAACUCGAAUCUUGUUGAACACAGGGCUACAGAUGUCGUCGAAAAUCAAGCAAACAAAGUGCUAUCCUAUGGGCUUGGUCAAAACGAGGUUCACGAGGAUUCACUCCAGGAAAAACUUGAAGAGAAUGUAGAUGAGUUGAUUGUUAGUAAUGGUACAAAAAAGAAGAAAAAGAAACGGCGAUUGAGUGUUGAAAAAACAAAAACUGUCGAACAGCAGGUUGAUGGAACUUACAAUGAAGGUCUAAGUAAUGAACAUGAUGAAAUUUAUACAGCUUCGAAGAAAAAAUCAAAGAAAAAAGAUAGGGAACUCAUAGAAAAAAAGUCAGUAGAAUCUUACCUGCUGGAACAGGAAGUUGUACCGGAAACAGUAGAACCUACGCAAUCCAAAAAGAAGAAGAGUAAGAAAUCAUACGAGCAAACGGACACACCUGCUAAUAACGUCAGUGAAAGUGACACAAAUUCAGCAGGUGUGAAAGAAGCUGAAGAACCUGCUGUCGAGAAGGAAAGUGAAGUUGUACCGGAAACAGUAGAACCUAAGCAAUCCAAAAAGAAGAAGAGUAAGAAAUCAUACGAACAAACGGACACACCUGCUAAUAUCGUCAGUGAUAGUGACACAACUUCUGCUGGUGUGAAAGAAGCUGAAGAACCUGCUGUCGUCGAUAACAGGGGCGAAGUAGACACCAAAAGUGAUCCUGAUGAGGAUGUAACAUGCCGCGUUAAAGUAAAUAUUUUGAAGCAACUAGAUGAGUACGCGUUUCCCGGAUCGAAUUUUGCCGAUAUUGUUGGCUAUGGACUUACGCAAGAUGUAAAACUGGUGAAACGCAACAGUAAUCGGAAUCAAACCCUGGAGAAGCACCAAUUCAUACGCCUGAAACAAACUUCGCUGCAGCGAAAGCGACAAAUGCUCAAAAAGAUUAGCGCUUUUGAAGCCAUCUAAUCGUCUGCUGAAGCAAUGUUAUUGCAAAGAGAACACAUUUAUUGUAAAAAGGUAUAGAAUAGGUAUGUUACAUUCAUGUGCUAGACAGCAGUAUAUUUAGUUUCCAUUUUAUAGUUUUUCAGAAAAUAGAAGAAAGGUUAAAGUUCAGUAGCGUUUUCUUAACCGACCAUUUUCUUUAAAAUGAUUAGCAUGUACCUAUAUUAUUAUUGUCAAAAACAA